AUGGGUCGACACGACGACUCUUCGCCUGAUAGUCGCUCUCCUUCUCGAGACAGGUCGAGAACCUCACGCCACCGCUCAUCCGAUCGCCAUCGCUCACGUAGAUCCGUUUCACCUCGUCCAAGUCGUCGUAGUCGUCACCACCACCAUGACGAUUCUGAAGCCGAUUCCGAUCGAGAAUACAGACGUCGACAUCGUCACCGUAGUGAAAGGAAGCGUCGGCGUUCAGUGUCAUCUGAUAGCAGCGCAUAUUCUUCCUCGUCCGAUGAAGACGAUCGACGUAGACGACACAAGAAAUCCAAAAAGAGUAAAAAGAGCAAGAAAAAGUCCAAAAAGAAAAAGAAAAGCAAGCAUUCUGUGGGUGAUAAAUGGGGCAAGUAUGGUAUCAUUCAUGAAUCAGAUAUCUUCACCAAGGAAGCGGAAUUUGAAGCAUGGCUUGUCGAAGUGAAGAAGGCUGACAUCUUGACCAUUCCUAAUUCAAAGCGCAAGGAAAUGUUUAUCGAUUUCAUGGAUGAUUACAAUACGGCAACCAUGCCACAUGAAAAGUAUUACAAUCUUUCACGCUGGGAAGCUCGUCAACAAGCCAUUCGUAUGGGCGAAGCACCUCCACCUAUUGCUGAAGGCACCGUCAACUUGAAAAAGGACGAGGAACAAUUAAGAUUGCAACAUCGACAAGCAGCUCGAGCUGCAGCAUCGAGACAACCCGCCUUGUCAUUAUCCAAGGACCAAUUGGACGAGCUCACCAAAGUCAACCGAGAACGUGUUCAAGCUGACAGAUUGCGUAAAAUGGGUCUUACCCCGAAGGAAGGAAUGGGUGUGCGUUAUGAAUACGAGCCUUUGUAA